GAGAGAGAGAGAGAGAGAGAGAGAGAGAGAGAUGGAGUCCCCAUUCAAGAGCGAUAUACUGAAAGGAAAGGUUGCCCUUUUGACAGGCGGAGGCUCAGGUAUUGGGUUCGAGAUAGCCACUCAGUUCGGUAAGCAUGGCGCCUCGGUUGCGAUCAUGGGCAGACGCAAGCAAGUUUUAGACUCUGCUGUUGCUGCUCUCCAAUCCCACGGAAUUCGGGCUGUUGGGUUUAAUGGAGAUGUUCGCAAGAGGGAAGAUGCAGUCAGAGUUUUAGAGUCAACUGUUAAGCAUUUUGGCAGGCUUGAUAUUCUUGUGAACAAUGCAGCUGGCAAUUUUCUUGUGAGUGCAGAGGAUUUAUCCCCUAAUGGGUUUCGCACAGAGAUUCAGUUUGAUGUUCCAGUUUUUUGCUGCUUUACUGUGACUAAACAUAAAAGAUAGAUGGAUAGUUAACAAUACUGCAUUAAAUAAGAGGUUUCUUUUCGGGCAAAGGUUUCCUCAACGACCCAAAUAUCUGCCAAACGGGGCCCAAUGUUCAUA